AUGUCUGAUAAGACCAAGGUGCUCAAUAAGUCUAAGAUUCCUGAUAAGCUUGAAAAGUUUCUCGCUGAUCGAUUUCAAGAUAUUGAUUCGACCAGUUUGGCUUUAUAUAAAGUUGAAUUCGUAGCUGAUAGUGUUAUAAUCCAAACCUUAAAAAAACAUAUUCAUAGUAGAGAGGUCAGUAGAAAUGGAACUGCAAGAUAG